UGUCACUGUCACCUUAACAAUUCCUGGUGCAUAUUGACGCAGAAACGGCCUAAUAGCUCCGACAACGUUGCUCUUUCUCUAAACGAUGUGUCAAAACUUAAGGGUCCAAUUGAAGUGAAUGUAAGAAUGAAAAACAUGCCAAACGCAGACAUGACGUCGAAGACAUUUGUGGCAGAGCCCGUCCGCAUCCUGCACAGCCGUCCCACAACCGACAAAGCCGUCACUACGAGGCAGGUCAAGUUCGACGCUACACCCACGAGGCCCAACUCCGGUCAGAAUCCGGAGGGACCGCCCGUCUGUAAUCCGGAGUGCCAAAACGCCGGAGUUUGCUUCCAAGACCGGGAGGCCACAACUUCGAGAAGUGGGGCAGCAAAACGAUACUAUCUAAUCAUAGACAGAGUCUUCCUAUAUGGCAGGCUCUGCUGCUCCGCCUCCGAUCUUGACGAUAAUAUAAUAAUUUACAUAUUAAAGACUGAAAAUUAA